UUUCAAUAAACAUUACCGAGCAGCCUGCUCCAGCCCUGAGAAAGUUCUGAAGAGGGUGAAACAAAGCCAAGCCCCUGAGUGGACCCCUAAGAGAGUGCCCAGACAGGAUAAAACACAGAACCAUAUUUCUUGGGUAAUAAGAAUUUGGACACAUAUCAGGAUGCUCUGAAGAACAGCAACAACUCUUUGGGGAAUAGCCAUUUCAACAUCAUGACCAAAGACAAAGAUUCAAUCACAGGAAGCUUUCACUUUGUAUGCCUUGUGACCUUAAUAGUUGGAGACAUAAUCCAGUUUUCUGAAGAGAGUGAAUUUGCCGUGGACAUGUCAAAUAUGAAACUUACUCAUGUCCCAAAAAACCUGCCACCAAAAACAAAAAUCUUAGAUAUGUCUCAGAACCACAUAUCUGAGCUUCAUGUCUCUGACAUGAGCUAUCUCUCAGGGCUUAAAGUUUUGAGACUUUCUCAUAAUAGAAUCUGGUGCCUUGAUUUUAGAAUUUUCAAGUUCAACCAGGAUUUGGAAUAUUUGGAUUUAUCUCACAAUCAGUUACAGAAUAUAUCCUGCCAUCUUGUCACAAGUCUCAAGCAUUUAGACCUCUCAUUCAAUGACUUUGAUGUCCUGCCCAUCUGUAAGGAAUUUGGCAACCUGACACAACUACAUUUCUUAGGAUUAAGUGCUACAAAGUUACGACAAUUAGAUCUGCUACCAAUUGCUCAUCUGCAUCUAAAUUAUAUCCUUCUGGAUUUAGAAAGAUAUUAUGCAAAUGAAACAGAAAGUCUUCCAAUUUUGAAUACAAAAACACUUGACCUUGUUCUUCAUCCAAAUCAGCUCUUCUCUGUCCAAGUGAACAUAUCAGUUAAUAGUUUAGUAUGCUUACAACUGACUAAUAUUGAAUUGAAUGAUGAUAAUUGUGUACUAUUCACUAAGUUUUCAUCGGGACUCACUAGAGGUCCAACGUUACUGAAUAUUACUCUAAGACAUAUGAAAACAACUUGGAAAUGUCUAGUUGAAAUUUUUCGAUCUCUUUGGCCCAAACCUGUAGAAUAUCUCAAUAUUUAUAACUUAACAAUAUUUGACAAAAUUCAAAAAGAAGAUAUUCAUUAUUCUAAAACAACACUGAAGGCAUUGAAAAUAGAGCAUGUUAAAAAUGAGGUUUUCCUUUAUUCACAGACUGUGUUAUACACAAUUUUUUCUGAGAUGAAUAUUAUGAUGUUAACCAUAUCAGAUACACGUUUUAUACACAUGCUUUGUCCUCCGCCAUCAAACACAUUUAAGUUUUUGAACUUUACCCAGAAUCUUUUCACAGAUAGUGUUUUUCAAAAUUGUUCCCACCUUGUUAGAUUGGAAACACUUAUCUUACAAAAGAAUAAAUUAGAAGACCUUUACAAAGUAAGUCUCAUGACUAAGCAUAUGACAUCUUUGGAAAUAUUGGAUGUUAGUGGGAAUUCUUUGGAAUAUGAUAGACAUGAUGGAGACUGCACUUGGGUUGGGAGUAUAGUCGUGUUAAAUUUGUCUUCAAAUAUACUUACUGACUCUGUUUUCAGAUGUUUACCUCCCAAGGUCAGGAAACUUGAUCUUCACAAUAACAGAAUAAGGAGCAUUCCUAAACGAAUCAUGAAACUAGAAGCUUUGCAAGAACUCAAUGUUGCUUCCAAUUCUUUAGCCCACCUUCCAGACUGUGGUACUUUUAGCAGCCUUUCUGUACUGACCAUUGACUCUAAUUCAAUUUCCAACCCAUCAGCUGAUUUCUUCCAGAGCUGCCAGAAGAUUAGGUCCAUAAGAGCAGGGAAUAAUCCAUUCCAAUGUACAUGUGAACUAAGAGAAUUUGUCCAAAGUCUAGGCCAAGUAUCCCGUGAAGUAGUAGAAGGUUGGCCUGAUUCUUACAAGUGUGACUAUCCAGAAAACUACAAGGGAACCCUGCUGAAGGACUUUCACGUGUCUCAGUUAUCCUGCAACACAACUCUGCUGCUUAUUACCAUUGGGGUCACUAUGCUGGUGUUGACUGCUACUGUGACCGCCCUCUGUAUCUACUUUGAUCUGCCCUGGUAUCUCAGGAUGGUGUGUCAGUGGACCCAGACCCGGCGCAGGGCAAGGAACAUACCUUUAGAAGAACUCCAAAGAACCCUCCAGUUCCAUGCUUUUAUUUCAUAUAGUGAACAUGAUUCAGCCUGGGUGAAGAAUGAACUGGUACCUUGCCUAGAAAAAGAAGAUAUAAGGAUUUGUCUUCAUGAGAGAAACUUUGUUCCUGGCAAGAGCAUCGUGGAAAAUAUCAUAAACUGCAUUGAGAAAAGUUACAAGUCCAUCUUUGUUUUGUCACCUAACUUUGUCCAGAGUGAGUGGUGCCAUUAUGAACUCUACUUUGCCCACCAUAAUCUCUUUCAUGAAGGAUCUAAUAACUUAAUCCUGAUCUUGUUGGAACCCAUUCCACAUAACUGCAUUCCCAGCAAGUAUCACAAGCUGAGGGCUCUCAUGACACAGAGGACUUACUUGGAAUGGCCCAAGGAGAAGAGCAAACAUGGUCUUUUCUGGGCUAAUAUUAGAGCUGCUUUUAAUAUGAAGUUAACACUAAUUGCUGAAAAUGAUGCAGAAACUUGAAAAAGUCAGGGACUUCUAUUUAAAAAAAAACCAUCAUUAACUUGGAUUCUGAUGAACAUGAUGGUUUUAGGUUGCUGUAUAGGUGGUGCCUUUAUUAGCUCUACACAUUUGGGGAAGACUUAAUGAAAACUGUUUGAACUAAGCUAGGGAGCAAGGCUGGAGGCUGAGGUGCUUGCUCAAACUUGCCUAUUAUAGGUACCUCAGUCCUCUGGUUCAACCAUUCUGUUUCAAAUGGAAAUACUCUUGAGUAAAUGCUCAUUGAAGGACCCUUGCUCUCCCUUCUCCUUUCAGCCACAAAUGGAUUCUGUGUGAACAGGAAUUUAUGGGAUUUCAUGGCAGCAAGGAAAGGGUCAACCUCAGAAGUGUACACAGUGGCCCUUGGAGUAUCUUUUUUUCUUUAUUUUCUUCAUUUAUUUCUAGAGAGAGAGAGUGCAUAAGCAGAGUGGGGGCGGAAGGAGAGGGAAAUAAAGAAAACCAAGCAGGGUCCACACCCAGCACAGACUGCAAUGUGGUAUCCGAUCCCACAACUCUGAGACCAUGACCCAAGCCAACAUCAAGAGUCAGACACUUUACCAACUGAGCCACCCAGGCACCCUGGUCCUUGGAGUAUCUUCUGGAGCUUCACUGUCCUCUGAGUGAACUUUGUCAUCCUGUUCAACUUUGGAGCUUGGGAAAAAAUUAGACCAGUUAUGGAAAAUAAAGUUUUUUUUGUUCACAUCUGAGUAUAUUAUAAAAUUUUUGACCCUGUCAUACAAAUAUGUAGUUAACCAGUUAACUCAUGACUUAAUAAUUUAUGUAUAUAAAGGGAAAUACAGUUGACCCCUAAACAACAUGGGUUUGAACUGCAUGGAUCCACUCGUACAUGGACUUUUUACAGUGUGGUACUAUAAAUAUAUUUUCUCUUCCUUGUGAUUUCCUUAAUGUUUUCCUUUUUUAUCCAGUUUAUUUUGUUGUGACAAUACAAUAUAUGAUACAAAAAACAUAAAA